GCUCGUCUUCGGGACCCUGUAUCCUGCAUACUAUUCCUACAAAGCAGUGAAAACCAAAAAUGUCAAGGAAUAUGUCCGUUGGAUGAUGUACUGGAUUGUGUUUGCUCUCUACACCGUAGUGGAGACCAUCACAGACCUCACUGUAGCCUGGUUCCCCUUGUACUAUGAGAUUAAGAUAGCAUUUGUUAUCUGGUUGCUGUCUCCCUACACCAGAGGAGCUAGUCUCAUCUACCGGAAGUGUCUCCAUCCUCUACUGUCCUCAAGAGAGAGGGAGAUAGAUGAGUACAUUGUCCAGGCCAAGGAGCGUAGCUACGAGACCAUGGUGACCUUCGGCAAGCAGGGCCUAAGUAUAGCUGCUACUGCAGCUGUCUCCGCAGCUGUCAAGGCAAGGCCAGGGGCGAUCACAGAGAAGCUGAGGAGCUUCAGUAUGCACGACCUGACUCAGAUACCCCUCGACGACGCAGCAGCCAAUCAGAUCUAUACAGCCCAUGCCGGCAACCCUGCCGUGAGCAGGAGGGCGCUCGCCAAACAGCCCCAGUCAGCUAAGUACUAUGCCUAUGAUCAGGAGGACAGGACAGACGAGGAGGGGGAACAACUCUUCUCAGAGGACGAGGCUGUCACCCAGAGAGGUCUGAGGAGGUCCCAGAGUGUCAAGAUCGUGCGCUCUAAAGCCCGCAAAGAUGCCCGUUAUGGAUCUCUGAAGAUCAAAGGGAAGCGGAGGCCGGUUCUGGGUGCUGCUACCUACAGUGCCAUGUAAUGACCGGCCCAGGUGACUGCUGGCUGGUGCCAUGGAUGGGUUUCCUUCUGUAGUGCUCUACUGUUGAGCCCUGGCCAACAGUACUGCAUUAUGGGCCCUGGCCAACAG